AGGAAAAAUUUUCCCUAUUUUAAUUCACGGUAUUAUUGUUAUUACUAGUGUAUUAUUCGUCCUAAUUACCGUUUUCUUCUCUUCUUUAUAGGAAAAGCGCGAGCAAUUAGCGAGUCCCGAUGCUGCCGUUCGUCGCCUCCUCUCCUCCCCAAUGGCUUCUUUCACUCCUCCACUGUGAUCACUAGACGCCUCUCUUUCUCUCCCCCUCACCGGCGGCUUCUCGAGUGAUCGGAGUUCAGUACAUCAAUGGGGCAAUAUGUAGCCUUGAAAUAUGAAAACCAUUUGCAAACAGAAUCAAGGACCAAAAUUGUUUGUCCCUCUUGUUGCAGUACAAAAGUCGAAGAGAGAGAUACCAAAGGACAGCCCACUAGCAGAUAUUAUCACUUGAAGAGUCUGGAUGAUGACUUCAAGGAAUCGAGCAUCAGCUAUUCUCCAAGCCUCCAUUGCAAAAGCAUUCCUUCCAGGCGUCUUGGGGCAGAUGUGAAUGAUAACGAAGUGGUAAAGAGGGGUUCUGUAUAUCAGAGCUCAAAAGAGGUAACAAGAAUUAGGAAACUAAGAGAGGGAAGAAGAAAAGUAGAAUUGGCCAAUGAUGAUGAUGGUGCUUUCCUGUCCUUUGAGAUUGUUGAUUCCUUGCCUGAGCCUAUGUCAAAAGAAGUUAUGCCUCUGCAGCAAAACCGAUCACCUCUUGUUCUUUUAAAUGCUGAGCCAGCAUCACCAUGUGUUGACACAAGUCACUCAGUUACAAGAAGAUCGAUGGAGUUCCUAGAUCUUUCCUUCCGUGAUCUUCCUGAAGCGCCCUUGAAUCCUCACACUUCAUGGUCAAGUUUUGUUGCAGAAGAAAAUAGUUCGGCACAUAAUCUCUUGGAGAUCUGUCUGCACACUGAAGAUGCUGAUUAUCUUUAUACUGAUGCAGCUCCUGAGCUGUUACAAGCAGGUUCAUUUAGAGAACUAAGAUCUAACUGUAAUCGGAUGCUUGGUCCAGAAAAUAAUGGAAAUGUCAUUAAUGAGAAAGAGAUGAUUAAAUCUCUCCCAAAGUCCUUAUCAGCAAAGGCUGGAAAUUUUAGCUCAUCUUGUCAGUCUGUUAAUGCCAGCCCGAAAAAUCGGUUUAGCCCAUUCAAGUGGAUGUUGGAUCCGAUCAUGAAAUCCAAGUCUGUGCGAAACCCAUCAGUCAUGGAAACAGAAACUGCUGAGGGCACAGCUACCAAUCUUGCAAGCAUUAGAAGGAAUGGAUUAUCUCGCAGAUCUUUGUUGAAUGAUUUUUCAAAGUUGAAUAAAAAAAUAGAGUAUGAUGGGCAGUUGAGCGGUAAAGAUCAAGCCUUGACCACUACUUCUUCACCUGCUCACCUACAUGGCAUUCUUAAAUUGGAGACUAUGAAUGGCGCACCAUCAUUUGAGUUCUCUAUAAAAGAUCCAGAAAAUGUUCUUUCUGCAAAGACAUGGAGAACGGAUAAUGCAUUUAACUGGGUCUACACCUUCCAUAGUUAUAAAAGAAAGAUCAAUAACACUGGGAAGGGUACAAAAGACAGGCAUGGACAGUCAGCUCCAGUGAUUGGACAGAUGCAGGUCUCUUGUUAUCUGUGCUCGGAAGUGAGAGAAAAUGGAUUGUUGGUUAACUCUGCUGUAACAGAAUUCAUUUUAUAUGAUGUUGCCCAGGCAAGAAGGAGCUUUGCUGCUGAAGAAAGGUCUCAGUGUUCUUCAGAUUCCAUUCAACCUCCCACAAACAUUAUUUCUGAAAGCUCAAUAACAGAUGGUCCUCUAGCGGGAAGUAAUUCAAUGGAGCACCAACAUCAUGCUAGACAUGCUUUUAGUAGUUGUGAUUCAGAUGCCUCGACAUCUUACCCUUGGUCACCAGCAGAUUUGCUUCCACACCUGGAAAUUGCUGCUAUUGUAAUUCAAAUUCCUUUUAAUAAGAAGGAGAGCUCAAAAGAUAUGAAAACAGAAGAGGUCGGUUCCCAAGAAUAUUCUAAUUUAUCAAGUGUUGUUGUAGUUGAUCAAUAUAGGGAGAUGAUGGCCAGUAGCCUGGGUCCUGGAAUUAUGAAUGUGGUUAUCCCAAGUGGGACACAUGGGUUGCCAAGUACUGAUGAAGGUGGUCCAUCAUCAUUACUAGAUAGAUGGAGAUUUGGUGGAGGUUGUGAUUGUGGUGGCUGGGACAUGGCCUGCCCGAUUGUUGUUUUUGGUAAUUCCGGUGCUGAUGAUUGGGCAGAUUAUUCAUCAAUGGAGAGUCAAAAGCCCAUGGCUCUAUUUGUCGAGGGAAGCAAAGAAAAGUUGCCUGCAUUAUCCAUGAUGGCUGAUGGGAAAGGACAGUAUUCAGUUGAUUUUCAUGGACGGUUAUCUACGUUACAGGCAUUCUCGAUCUGCAUUGCCUUAUUACAUGUUUCAGAACAUUCUUUAGCUGUUGGUCAUGAGAAGAACAAGCAGAGGCUAUAUUCUGAUUCAUUGAAGUUGCUCCUUGAGGAAGAAGUGAGACACUUAAUUGAAGCAGUUGCUGUAGAAGAGAAAAGUAAAGCAAAGAAGAGAGUAGAACAAAUCCCUCAAUCUUUUUUCCUCGAUCCCCCUUUUUCUCCAAUGGGCCGAGUCUAGAUUGAGAAUGUUAUAUGGCAUUUGAACUAGAUGCCUUGAAGGUCCAAUCGAGCACUGCAUGUUUUCUCAAAAAUCAAUCACUGCACAAUUUCAACCUGCUAGAAUGUGCUACCAAUUCAGGCUUGGGGAAUCUUUGGGUCAGUCACUGGGUACGAUUGAACGUAGGUGGGGAUAAAGUAUUCAAUUCAUUGUAACCCUUAUUCAUCAUAAUGCUGUGUGCCCGCUAGUGUUCAUAUUAUUUAUUUACAAGUGAUGCCAGGAAAUAAUCUUAUAUUGUCGAUAAGAAACAGGUUUUUCCUCUCUAGUUUGAAUGUAGGGACAGAUGUAAAGAGAAAGAAAGCAGAUUGAAUUAGUAUCAGAACUUAUCCGUCAACAGGCACAUGUAAUAGAGUUUUCAUAAUCCCUUAUUCCUUCCAAAAAAAAAAAAAGGGAUCCAGUGUCCCAUUCCAGAUA